AUGUUGCGCUUAGAGGUGUGUAGUUGCUUAAAUUAUUUAAGUCAACUUGUUCCAUUCAGUUGAUAUCAAGCAACGGUUCGGUCUGCGCGCAUUUUUAGAGCGCUCGCUAAAAAAAAUAUUUUUUGAGAAAAAGAACAAAAACAAAUUAAUUGUGUGUGGAUAAAUUUUGUUGCUGCACUUCGGUUAAUUCUGUGAUUGGUUUUUUGAGUGUUGAAUAAAUUUAUUACCAAAAUGAAUAAAGCAUUUUACGUAGCAGCGAUUGUACUAUCAAUGAGCAUUGUUGCUCGUGGUGUGGCUAUUUCCAGUCCUGAAUGUCCAGAGCAACACGGAGUUCAGGCCUAUGCUCAUCCUGACUUUUGUGAUCAAUUCUUUUUGUGCACGAACGGCACCAUCACUCUAGAAACCUGUGAAAAUGGAUUACUGUUCGAUGGAAAGGGAGCCAUACACAAUCAUUGCAACUACAUAUGGGCCGUAGAAUGUGGACCCAGAAAAUUCGAUCCGACACCGAUAUCAUCGCCUGGUUGCGAAUACGCUUUCGGUAUCUAUCCAGAAAGCAACGAAUGUUCGACCAGCUACAUUAAAUGUUCGUACGGUGAACCUCAUCAACAACACUGUGAACCAGGUUUAGCAUACGAUGACCGUUUGCACGGAUGCAAUUGGCCUGAUCAAUUGCUCGAAACUUGCAAUCCAGAAGCUGUUGUCGGUUUCAAAUGCCCAUCGAAAGUCGAUUCUCAUUCACCAGCUGCUCGAUUCUGGCCAUUCCCACGGUUUGCCAUUCCCGGUGAUAGACAUCGAUUGAUUACUUGCGUCGAAGGACAUCCACGAUUGAUUUCAUGUGGAGAGGAUAAAAUCUUCGAUGAAUCAACAUUAACUUGUGAAGAAAUCGAAGUUUAGAAUACAAUUUUAAAAACUUUUUUCUUCUUUAGAUUCUCUUCCUCACGUUCAUUUCCCAAUAAAUUUUCAAUUCAAUUUUCAAAAUUAUUUAUUUCAUUUUCUUUUUGUAUUUGCCUGAAAAUGUAUAGUUACCAAUUUGCCAAUUUCAUUUGAUAAUAAAAUCGCAAAAAUCUAAAAAAUUAA